CUCUAGAUGGCGACAAUGCCUCUCCUGCCCUGCGACCUGGCCAAACGUGAUGACGACGUCGAAGAAGAGUGGCACGUAAACGUUCGAUCAUGGCCGAAUCCGAAUCAAAUAAAGUCAUCAAGUUGGUCCCAGAGUAUCUCUUGAAAAAGAGGAAAGCGUACCAGGCCAUAAAAGCCACACAAGCCAAGCUUGCACUUCUUGAAAAGAGAAAGGUUUGUAAAGGUGCGCCGAUAAAGUUCAAGCGCUUGGAAGACUUUUUGAAGGACAGCCAUAAGAAACAUCGCGAUGAUACUCGCAUACGUCGAUUAACAGAGAGGCCGCCCGCCCCGCUGCCUCCUGCCAAGUAUAAAUUAGCUUUUGCCAUCCGCAUUCGGGACAUUAAAGGUGUCAGUCCCCAAGUGAUGAAGGUUGUCCAGAUGUUGAGACUGAGAAAAAUCUUCAGUGGAACCUUUGUCAGAAUCGGCAAAACCUCUCUCGCCAUGCUGAAGAUUGUUGAGCCCUAUGUGGCCUGGGGAUAUCCAAACUUGAAGUCUGUGCGUGAGCUCAUUCUGAAGAGGGGGCAGACUAAAGUGGGCAAGAAAGCGGUUCCUUUAACAGAUAACACCUUCAUCGAAGAACGCAUGGGGAAACAUGGCAUUAUCUGUUUGGAGGACUUGAUUCACGAGCUUUACUCGGUCGGCAAGGCCUUCCGGGAAGCCAACAACUUCCUGAUGCCUUUCAAGCUGUCGGUGGCCCGUCACGCCGCCAAGGACAAGACUGGCCUCCUCAAGGACCUCGGGAAAACCGGAUUUCGCGGCACAGACAUAAACGCCAUCAUCAGGCAACUGAACUGAGGAAAAAUACACACGACGGACAUUGAACAGCACCCUAAAGGAGGAUUGCUUAUUGUUGUGCACAAAUCCAAAUGUUCACCUCGUUCUCAUUGGAUGAGUUUGAUGUGUCGUCUUUGAAAUGAUGUGCCACUAGUCGGCGCUGUUCUCUUUGGAAGUGCUACUCAUCUGUUGACUUGUAAAAUAUUGUACUGUAUAGUAUGUUAAACGUGCAACGCUUGGGGCAGAGCGAUGUGUUGGUUUUCAUUCAGGCAAGGGCUGAGGCCAAUCCGCAGCCCCUUCCUAAACAGCGAGACUAAUUUCAUGAUGAUUGUCACAAUGAAGUGUUGUUUUGAAACAGCGAAGAUGACGUCUGUAAUAAAUUGUACAAUACGGAUUGA